AGCUACGUGCCAAUCUAAAACUACUCAUACGAAAAUGAAACCACCCAUUUAUGAUUCAUAUUUCAUUAUUUACAGAACCUUCUGGUUAGUCAUCAGAUGCUGUCUCUCUGCUACAAAAAUCCCAGUGCCAUACGAUACAACGGGAAGAAAACACCACCUUUUGUGAUUCAAGAGAGAUACAAGGCGAGAUGCGGGAAGGAAAAGCCAUGGUGAAGGAAACAGACAUGCCGGUGAAGAUGCAGCUCCAAGCUAUGGCAUGUGCUUCUCAAGCCCUUGAUCUCUAUGAUGUUUCUGAUUGUGUCUCAAUCGCCGCCCACAUCAAGAGGGAAUUUGAUAAGAUGUACGGUGGUGGAUGGCAGUGCGUGGUGGGUUCAAAUUUUGGUUGUUUCUUUACUCACACACAGGGCACUUUCAUUUAUUUUGCGGUGGAAUCCCUCAAUUUCCUUAUUUUCAAGGGAGCUUCUUCUUGAGCCUUCCAUCUCGAGCAUGUGAUGAUACUUGUUUCUCAUGGUGAUGCUAGAUUAGUAUGUAUAGGAAGCUAUUAGCUAGGUAGCUGUUUCUGUUUAGAAGUGCAGAGGUAGACUACUCACUAGAACUUCUACCUGUUAGCUUUUCUCUACGAUCAAUGGAGCAUCAUCGAUGAUGUGCAAAGAAA